AUGGCCGGUCCCAUCACCACACCGCUGACGACCCUCCUGGGCAUCCAGCACCCCAUCGUCCUGGCCGGCAUGGCCCGGACGUCCGGCGGGGCGCUGGCCGCCGCCGUCUCCAACGCGGGCGGCCUCGGCGUCAUCGGCGGCUUCAUGUACACGCCGGACCAGCUGCGCGAGAUCGUCGCCGAGAUGAAGUCCAAGUUCAGCCGCCCCGGCCUGCCCUUCGGCGUCGACCUGGCGCUGCCCCAGGUCGGCGGCGGCGCGCGCAAGACCAACCACGACUACACCAACGGCAAGCUCGAGGAGCUCAUCGACAUCACCAUCGAGAGCGGCGCGGUCCUCUUCGUGUCCGCCGUGGGCGUGCCGCCAAAGCACGUCAUCGACAGGCUGCACAAGGCCGGCAUCCUGGUCAUGAACAUGGUCGGGCACCCCAAGCACGCCGUCAAGGCGCUGGACCUGGGCGUCGACAUCGUGUGCCCCCAGGGCGGCGAGGGAGGCGGCCACACGGGCAAC